UAAUUUGUAAUAGAUAUUGAUUUUUGGAACUUCUUUAAUACGCCGAUUCACCUAAAUCGCUGAAUUGGCCGUUGACAGAAUCGGCAGUCACAAACCGAUUUUUACCACUGCCGAAUGACCUGAGCACGGCACCGGACACUGAACUUCCUAUGCGCAUCAACUAAGCUCGUUUGCAACUUCGCACUAUGCAAGCGAGGAGAUAAGAAACCGUGUGUUCACAUUGGCGGUUGGACGCGAUUUAAGUGUGAUACGGAAAAUUUUUUAAAGGCUUGCGGCUGGCAUGAGACUGUUUUCGUUUGUCCAUCUUCCACAGCAUUCCGUUUUCGACAGAGUCCAGGUGGGAUUCUCCCGAUUGACGCUGAAAUGCCAUUACAUUUCGUUGCUUGAGGAUGAAUGCUCAAGCAUCAAAAAGUUGAAGCAAAUCCAUGCUCAGGUAGUCACUGUCGGCCUCUCUCGUUCCACGUUUGUCAUGAGUAGGAUCCUGGCCUUUUGUGCCAUCUCAGUAAAUGGAGAUCUAGAUUAUGCCCGCCAGGUUUUUUAUCAAGUUGAGUACCCCACCAUAUUCAAUUGGAAUACUAUGAUAAGAGCAUACUCUUUAAGCUCUAAUCCUGAAUCGGGUAUCUGGUUUUAUAAGCAGAUGCUGUGCACUGGCUUGAAUCCUAACCAACACACUUACCCUUUUGUCCUUAAGGCCUGCCCGGGUUGUUCAUCAUCAUUUCUCGGGAGACUGGUUCAUGCCCAUGUAGCGAAGUUUGGGUUUGAGUUGGAUAUUUAUGUUGUUAGUGCCCUUAUUGCGAUGUAUUCAAGGUGUGGAAGUCUGCAAUUUGCACAGCAAGUGUUCGAUGAAAGCCCUAAGAGAAAUAUAGCUUCUUGGACGAGUUUGAUCACUGGGUAUUGUGGAUGCGGAAUGGUUCAGGUUGCACGUCAAUUGUUUGCUGAAAUGCCCGACAAAAAUGAAGUGGCCUGGAGUGCCAUCGUUUCUGGUUAUGUGCGGAAUGAUUGCUUCUCUGAGGCGAUUGAAGUGUUUAAUGAACUGAGAAAGGCUAAGAAGAAGCCUAAUUCAUCCAUGCUAGUUUCUGUUUUAUCAGCUUGUGCUGCAGUUGGUGCUGUGGAGGAAGGGAAAUGGGUGCACUCCUAUAUUGACGAAAACAAGCUUGGUUAUGGUCUCGAACUUGGAACCGCACUUGUUAAUUUUUAUGCCAAAACUGGGUGUAUAGGAACAGCACUUAAAGUUUUUGAACGUAUGCCUGAAAAGGAUGUAUUGGCAUGGAGUGCGAUGAUUAUGGGUUUAGCAGUUCAUGGGUUUACAAGUGAAGCAAUUGAUUUUUUAGUAAAAAUGGAGGAAAACUCUGUCAAACCAAAUUCUAUAACCUUUAUUGGGCUGCUGAGCGCUUGUAACCAUGGAGGACUAGUGGAGCAAGGGUGGUACUACUUUAAUCUCAUGAGAACAAAGUAUGGAAUUUCCCCAACAAUUGAGCAUUACGGAUGCAUUGUUGAUCUCAUGAGUCGGGCAGGGAAACUUGUUGAUGCUGAGAAUUUAAUAAACAGUAUGCCAAUGAAGCCUGAUGGCAUUGUUUGGGGUGCUUUACUGAAUGGCUGCAUGAUUCACGGUUCUGUUGAAUUGGGCGAGAGAGUGGGGAAACACCUAAUUGAGUUAGAUCCUCACCACAGUGGCCGGUAUGUACUAUUAGCCAAUCUGUAUGCAACUAUGGGUGAUUGGGAUGGGGUUAGAAGCAUAAGAAGAAGGAUGAGAGAUAAAAAAGUGAUAAUAAUUCCUGGUUGCAGCUUCAUUGAAAUAAAUGGGAUCAUUGAUAGGUUUCUGGUCCAUGAUAAAUCUCAUCCUCAAUCGACAGAAAUAUAUGGCAUCUUGAAUGCACUAAAUGGAGAACUGAGAUCAUCUUACUAUGACAACUGGUUGGUUACAUCACAUUAAAUCGAGAAAGAAGUUCCAGGUACAUUUUUCAUCAUCUAGCUUCUUGUUUUGAAAAUUUACUUUAGAUAUGUAAAUUAAUGUAAUAUCUCCAACAUAAAAGAACACGAUUUUAAACAUAUAUGCUUUAUUAAGACAGAAUAUUGAACUUUUGCUUAAUGAUUGUUUGUAUCUGAAAGCAGUGGAGGGAGAAUUUUAAUUGAAAAAAGUGAAGCAUCCUCAGCCUCUGCCAGUUCUGCUUUUGGGUAAAAAUGAAGUAGAUUUUUGUAGUGCCCUCCGGUUCCUCCAAUAUCUUUCUUGGUUAUUUUCCUCAGUAAGUAUGGCCAAAUUUCCUGAUCAACUAUCAAAUUGAGCAUUUUUUAUUUAAUUACCAACAUUUUAGUCUUUGGUUCAACGUUAAUUACAUGAGUGAUGAUCAUAACAUUUGACCUGCAUGUCAUAUAUAUAUAUACAACUUAGUUAGUUUCAUCAUAUACCCAUAGCUGAGCUGAAGUUUGGUAACUAGCAUAUCAACGAUGUUUGAACCACCGUGGCAGCUUUUUAUAAAAAAAGGGUGAUCAUUGAAGACGUUAUUUGUUUUUGUUUUGUGAAUCACCUCUUAUAUUUUGGCAUUCAAGUUAGUGAGAUCAUGAAAAGAGUGGAAAACAAUUAAGUACCUUCAACUUCAAUCAGGAUCAAAGAUUCAAGUGACAGCGGAUAUGGGUGCUGAUCAUAACUCCCAAAUUGACCUGUAGAAUUUAUGGGUACCCUUAAACAGAUCAGCUUGUAAAUGAUGUUUUAUCAGAGGGAUUACCAUAAGUACAUCUAGGUACCUGAUCUUAUUUGUUGAUUGUUGAGUUGAGCACUGUGUAUCAUAUGUAUGUUGAAAGUAUGACUUCAGGCAGGAGAAAGGGGGGUCUGGCAUAUUAGCAGCAGGAAGAUUCAAUUCUGCCACUCCUGGAACUGAGCAAUUUGUUAUGAAGGUUCCUAACAACAGGAUCUGAUUACUGGCAAAGGCUGAGAAAAUACAAGAGCAGGCAGAGCAGCUCUGGAGCUCUUAUUCAGGUUUACUUCACUUAUAUAGGCAUAUUCCAGUGUCUAUUUUUUUGAUGUUUUGACUUUUAAACCAUGAUAUAUGGCACUGGCUCCUAGCAUAGAUCUACCUAAUUUCAGGUGUUUACAAGGCCCAGUCACUAUGUUGGCCCGCUUGUGAUGUUUAAUGUGCCAAUGUCGAACAUCACCAAAUAGCUGGUUGUCAUGAUUCCCAAAGAUGGGGAUGACUGGAACUGUUUUGAAUACUAUAACUGUUUUGAGUCAUUAUAGCAGAAGUAACUCUAAUGCACUUAGGAUUAAAGGAAUGCCUGAAAAAUUAGCCUUCCCACAAGUAAUUGUGGUCAGCCGGCAUCUUCCCAUCUCUUGCUUACAUAUACGUGCAUGCUCCGUAUUGCCAAGUCUUGAUUUGCUUGUAGAUCCCAUGUGUACCUUGAUGUUGCAGAUUAUUUCUCUUCAUCUCCCUCUUGGUGAUACAUCCACCGAGAGAAUGGUUAAGAUGGAUGGUACAGCAAAGGGCAAAUUGAAAUUUCAAAAAUUAGUUGCUGAAGUUGUCAGCGAUGUAUCUUUUGUCUUUUCAGUUUGUCUUUCCUGGCCAUGGCUGUCUACGUGCAUUAGUUUUUUUGUCAUUUUACGAUGCUAUUGGAUUUUAUUUCAAAUUCUUGCCUUUAAGCAUAAUUGGUAGAGGUACCGCAAUUAUGGAUUGCUUAGAUUGCUCUGUAGAUCUACUGGUCAGAUGUACUUUGCAUUUUUGCAACUAUGGUUCUAGAGUUUGGAAACUUUUACUAUUAUUCACAGAAAAAGAGUUGAUAGACACGAAGAAUAAAAGAAUGAAAUCCGAUUCUCUCCUAUGCAUAUGCACAUACUUUUGUACUUCAUUUGUAUAUGAUCAUCAUGGUCAGAUAUUGCAGACCCUGAAAAGCUGAUGAACCUCAAACUUGAGGAUCUGUCACUCUGUCAACAGGUUCGCCUGAUUCCUCCGGGAACAAUGGUUAGGCAUGAAGGCCCAGAUGGAGUCACAGGGCCCUUGGGCAGGAACUGGAACGGCAGCCAAGUGCCUCUCUCUUUCUUUUUCAUCUCUUCAGUUGGCCUAAUUCCCUCAAGUGACUUAAUCCACGUACAGGAGAGAAUGCAGAUGAAGGCCAAUACUCAACAUAAUUUCUCCACUGAGAGACGAAUCAAUUUUAGAGUGAAAAUUGAAAACGUCAGCAAAGAAGAAAUUUCUGGUUUCUACUGUGAAUUAUGAAAGACUGAUACUUUCUAUAAGUUCUUCAACUAUUGGAGUUCGAUAUUGAAAUAUAGUCUUGGUUGAUGGAGAUUCAAAUGUUUA